GUGACGCGCACAGGUUCCGGUUGGCUGGAGCCCAGCGGCGGGUGUGAGAGUCGGUCCAGAGCCGCUUCCAGAAUCCGGAGCAACCGGGGUCGGAGCGGCUCCUCAAGACUGAUAUAUGAAAUGGCAGAGAAUGGAAAAAAUUGUGACCAGAGACGAAUGGCAAUGAGCAAGGAACAACAAAAUGGAAAUUUCACAGAUCCUUCUUCAAUGAAUGAAAAGAAAAGGAGGGAUCGGGAAGAAAGGCAAAAUAUUGUCCUUUGGAGACAGCCGCUUACUACCUUGCAGUAUUUUUCUCUGGAAGUCCUUAUAAUCUUAAAGGAAUGGACCUCAAAAUUAUGGCAUCGUCAAAGCAUUGUGGUGUCUUUUUUACUGCUGCUUGCUGUGCUUAUAGCUACGUAUUAUGUUGAAGGAGCACAUCAACAGUAUGUGCAACGUAUAGAGAAGCAGUUUCUCCUGUAUGCCUACUGGAUAGGCUUGGGAAUACUGUCUUCUGUCGGACUUGGAACAGGGCUGCAUACCUUCCUGCUUUACCUGGGUCCACAUAUAGCUUCGGUUACAUUAGCUGCUUAUGAAUGCAACUCCGUUGAUUUCCCUGAGCCACCCUAUCCUGACCAGAUUAUUUGUCCAGAUAAAGAGAACAUUGAAGGAACAAUUUCUUUGUGGAGUAUCAUCUCAAAAGUUAGGAUUGAGGCCUGCAUGUGGGGAAUCGGCACAGCAAUCGGAGAGUUACCGCCGUAUUUCAUGGCAAGGGCAGCUCGCCUCUCAGGAGCUGAACCAGAUGAUGAAGAAUAUCAGGAGUUUGAAGAGAUGCUGGAACACGCAGAGACUGCACAAGACUUUGCCUCUCGAGCUAAACUGGCAGUUCAAAAUCUGGUACAGAAGGUUGGAUUUUUUGGAAUUUUGGCAUGUGCUUCAAUUCCAAACCCUUUAUUUGACCUGGCUGGAAUAACAUGUGGACAUUUUCUUGUACCUUUUUGGACCUUCUUUGGUGCAACGCUUAUUGGAAAAGCAAUAAUUAAAAUGCAUAUCCAGAAAAUUUUUGUUAUCAUAACGUUCAGCAAGCACAUAGUGGAACAGAUGGUGGCUUUCAUUGGUGCUGUCCCCGGCAUAGGUCCGUCUCUGCAGAAGCCAUUCCAGGAAUACCUGGAGGCCCAGCGGCAGAAGCUUCACCACAGAAGCAACGAGGGGACACCGCAGGGAGAAAACUGGUUGUCCUGGCUGUUUGAGAAGUUGGUCAUUGUGAUGGUGUGUUACUUCAUCCUGUCUAUCAUUAAUUCCAUGGCACAAAGUUAUGCCAAACGAAUUCAGCAACGCUUGAACUCAGAGGAGAAAACUAAAUAAGCAGAGAAAAAGUUAUUACCUGCCGAAAGUAGAAUGGGUGGGUUCUGUCUUAAAGUGAGAAGAAUCCAAACCAGGAAGGAAAAUUCCCUUUUCCAACCUGUAUCAGUUUUAAAACCUUAAUUCCUGAAAGCAGUUUAGCCCAUAUGUUGCACUGACAUGCUUGUUCUUGGUUUGUUAAGGUAAGGUAUCCACUCUCAAUUCAGCCCAUGUUGUAUUCUAUCAGGGUGAAAUGUGAUGUUCACCCUCAAACUUAACAGUAAUUGGCCUUCUGUUCCUUACUUUCCAAAGGCCCACAGGGGACAAUUAGGGAAUUCCCGCCAUACACAAAAAAGUUCGUAAAGAUGUUAAAUAUGUCAAGCUUUUUAGGCUUGUCACAAAUGAUUGCUUUGUUUUUCUAAGUCAUCAAAAUGUAUAUAAAUUGUCUAGAUUGGAAAACAGCCUUGCAUGUCUAUCAUGAUACAAUUUAAUAUGCCAUCCUGCCCAACCCUUCCUCUCCCACUCUCCAAAAAGGGCCAUUUUAUGAUUCAUUGCACACCCUCUGGGGAAAGUGAUCUUUAAAUUUUGAGACAGUAUAAGGAAAAUCUGGUUGGUGUCUCACAAAUGACAUGACACCAUUUUUUAUUCUGUAUAUUUAGAAUGAAGUCAUGAAAACACUUUAUAAAGACAUCUGUGAUCAUUCCAGAAUUGUGUCGGUUUUAUUGAACUGAGCGUUUAAUUUUUUUUUUUAAACUUCCUUUUAGCUUGUACCAAGUGUAUGGCAGCCUUGCCAGAUCCACCUGCAACCAGAAUUUCUUAAGCCUUCAUGUAUGUGCAUGAAGAAAACACGUCUCGGGCUUCUUUUGUCUUGCUGGACAGGGCAGCUAGCUCUGCUGAAUGGGACCUCUGGGACCUUAAUUUGUCAAAAUAGGAGAGGGGAGCAAUAGCACUGUCUUUUUUUAUUUUUUUAGCAUCUGUUAUCUUAACAGAUAAUUACUUUUAUACAUAACCAAGUUUACUUUAUCUUGAGUGUUUUACUCAUCGUUCCAAUUUCAGCAUAUGUGCUGCCAGAGCGAGCACUUGAGUGUUUUAGCCUUGAUGGGCGUGGGGGAAGUGGCGCUCUUAUUCCCCUUUGGGAUGUUUCUAAUUGGAUUUAUUCAGUUUGCCUUCACUGGAAGAAAAAUAAACUACUCGCUUCUUUCUUUUUAGGAAAACUGAUGUUGACAUUGUGUCAAAGUAGGUUAGAAUUGGGGUUCAAUCUCAACAGGCCACAGGUGUCUGAUUAGACUUGACCAAAUCCUGCCUGCAUGUCUGCUUGUGUUGCCCCGUCGUGACAUCUCCAUGGCCGCACCACUUUGCCGGAUAGCUUAUCAGACUGAUGUUGACUGUUGAAUCUCAUGGCAACAGCAGUCGAUGGGCUGUCUGACAUUUUGGUAUCUUUCAUCUGACCAUCCAUAUCCAGUGUUCUCAUUCAAACAUUACCUAGCCUCAUGGUUUACAACAGAAAGCUCUGGCCUCUGUGUCUAAUGGCAGUUGGGGUUCUUCAAGCCAUGGUGUUGUAGCAGUAUCAAGGGAAGGUUUUAUGGAAAAUCUGAAUAGUCUCUUGGUGGACCAUAGCUAAAUAAAGGACAGAUUUUCAAAAGGUUAUUACCUUCCCUAACAAUGCUGUUUCUUUUCCUCCAGGGACUACUACAAGUAUGCCUGUUACUUGACCAUUCUUGACCCAUUUGCUGUAUUUCAGAUAGAUUCACAUUCACCAACAUCAGUUUUUAAGAUUCUUUAGGAUUGUUCUAAGUUCCCAAGUCAGCUUGCAGUUGUGUUUCAGCUCCUUGAUCUGCAUUUUAUUUGGUGUUUAAAGAGAGAGGAAAGCAAAUACGAAGUGUACUGAGUCUUCAGGGUUUGUAAUAAACUUGUUUUAGAACUAGUGGAGAAAGGAACGGCUUUGUUUCCUAGGCUGAAGGACUUGGGAGCACAUUUGAUUAGACAUUGUCUUUGCAGGGCGUUUCUUUGUGUCCCCAUGAGUGUUCGGGCUGCUUGCUCAGCUGUUGCUGCUGACUUCCUGCUGGGCAUCGGAUAGCCCUUCCCUUCCAGGGGGUCUGCAUUGCUUCCCUCAAGUCUCCCAAAUAGACACAGCUAUAUGAUCCAGAAAGGGUACAGAGUUCCUUCCAGUGAUGGGAGACCAGGAAAUUUGCAAUUUGGUGUUACUGUAA